GCCUCAAUCCGGGACACACGCGGGUGCUGCGGCCGAGCACGGUGAGGCCUGGCCGGGCGAGGGGCCUGGGGCGGCGGGGCGGCAGCCGUGGGCCCUGGGACGGCGGGGCCCGGGCCGGUGCCUCGCGGCGCGGCGGUGCGCGGGCCCGGCGGUUCCCGGCGGCGCGGUCGGGCCUGACGGCGCGUCGCCGCCCGCCUCGGGAGGGCUCCGUGUCUGCCCCUGCGCCGCGGCCCGCCCGCGGAGGUCUCGGCCGCUUCGGGCCGCGUUCGGCGGCUGAGCUGCGUGUGCAGACGGGCCUGCGCCGAGCGCUCCCCGCCCCGCCGAGCGCUUGCCCGGGAGCCGGCGGGCGGGCGCUGGGUCGCCGUGCGCAGGCCUCGGCCGCUGCCCCGGCCGCUCCGCAGGGCUCGCGAUACCAACGGCCGCGGCGGGGGCAGCGCUGCGCCGCUCCGGGCGGAGCUCCUGUGCCGGGCCGCCCCGCCGUUCCUUUUGUUGCUCUCGGAACUCCGGCGGCCGUGCGGAGGGACUCUGAAUAUGUCUGGCAUAGCUCUAAGUAGACUUGCACAGGAGAGAAAAGCCUGGAGGAAAGAUCAUCCAUUUGGAUUUGUAGCAGUACCUACAAAAAACCCAGAUGGCACAAUGAAUCUAAUGAACUGGGAAUGUGCUAUUCCAGGAAAGAAGGGGACACCAUGGGAAGGAGGCUUAUUUAAACUACGGAUGCUUUUCAAGGAUGACUACCCUUCUUCACCCCCAAAAUGUAAAUUUGAACCACCAUUAUUCCACCCAAACGUGUAUCCUUCAGGCACAGUGUGUCUCUCCAUUUUAGAGGAGGAUAAGGAUUGGAGGCCAGCAAUCACAAUUAAACAGAUCUUGUUAGGAAUACAAGAACUUCUAAAUGAACCAAAUAUUCAAGACCCAGCUCAAGCAGAGGCGUACACAAUUUACUGCCAAAACAGAGUGGAAUACGAAAAGAGGGUUCGAGCACAAGCCAAGAAGUUUGCACCAUCAUAAGCAUCUGUCAUGCAGCAUCUUAAAAAGGAAGGGAUUGGUUUGGCAAGAACUUGUUUACAAAACUUUUGCAAAAUCUAAUGUUGCUAUGUACAAUUAAUAUCCACUUAGGGGAGGGGGUUGUAUGUGUGCCAUUUUCCAUAUUCGCCACUUGUAUACAGUUCUAAAUUUGCUGAAUUGCCCCCAGUUUUUUCAUACAGGGUCUCUUCCUUCAGUCUUUUGUAUUUUUGAUUGUUAUGUAAAACUUGCUUUUAUUUUAAUAUUGAUGUCAGUAUUUCAACUGCUGUAAAAUUAUAAACUUUUAUACUUCUAUAAAUUCACUAGUAUCUCUAGUUACUUUGCUAUCUGAUGCAGGCAUGCUUUAAAAUGUUAGAACUAUAUUUAGCCUUUAGCUGGCUGUAUGGAAAAAUAAAAAUCAUGCCCUCCACCCCCUUCCCUCCCUGAAUUUGUUUUUCUAUCUUUCAGAAACUAGGUUGUUAUUGCUUAAGAGCCUCUGAGAUCCAAAGUCAGCCAGCAUCCUUAUUCUGCAUCACUUCCUUUGUGUUUAUAUGGCAUUGUCUGUGUUGCUGUUUAGAGUAAAUAAACUGUUUAUAUAAA